CAGUAAUCGUUGGUCGAUCUGUCCAAAUUCAUUGUUGACACCGUUUUGUCUGAGCGACUUUUUUGUUCUGUUUUUUUUUUUGUGUUUCGCCUCAAACACCUACACACGCCUCGUACGUUUGUUAUUUUGUCAAAAUUUCUGGACUCUUAUAGUAGGAAUAUUUCGUCAGCUCAAUUAAUUACAUCCAUUGAAAUUAAAAAAAAUUUGUGAAAUCAACCAACGCCAAGUUGGGGGGAAAAAAAGCCCAAAAGACACGCACGCCCAGUCCCCGCCCCGCCCGAGAUUCGGUAUCGCCCUAAGAAGAAGAAGGAAUCAUGUCAAAGUUCAACACCAGCGUGAGCGGACGCCAGCUGAGCACGAGGUCCUCGGACGUGGAUGCCCUGGCCCAGCGCGGCUAUAAUGUGGGCCACAAAAUCGGCGAGGGCUCCUAUGCCACGGUCAUUACAGCGGGCUACUCGGACGACUCGGGGCACGGUGUCAAUCUGGCCUGCAAGAUCAUCGACAAGGACCGGGCGCCCACGGACUUUGUGAACAAGUUCUUUCCGCGCGAGCUGGAUAUCCUGACGAAGAUCGACCAUCCGAACAUCAUCCAGAUCCACAGCAUCCUGCAGCGCGGGCCGAAGAUCUUCAUCUUCAUGCGGUUCGCCGAGAACGGGGACCUGCUGUCGCACAUCAAGAAGAUAGGCCCCAUCGAGGAGAAGCAGUCGAAGAUCUGGUUCAUGCAGAUGGCCAAGGCCCUGCGGUACCUUCACAACAUCGACAUCGCCCAUCGGGACCUCAAGUGCGAGAACAUCCUGCUGUCGAAGCGCCUCAACAUCAAGCUGGCGGACUUUGGGUUCGCCCGCUACUGCCGCGACGACGGCGGCAUCGAGAUGAAGUCGGACACGUACUGCGGUUCGGCUGCCUAUGCCGCUCCCGAGGUGGUCUCCGGGCGGCCCUACGACCCGAAGCUGGCCGAUGCCUGGUCUUUGGGGGUCAUCCUGUUCAUCAUGAUGAACGCCAAGAUGCCCUUCGACGACAGCAACCUGACCAAGCUGCUGGAGGAUCAGCGCAACCGCAAGUUCGCCUUCCGUCGCAAGCUGCAGGACAGCAUCACGGCCCCGGCCAAGGCCACCGUCUCCGUGCUGCUGGAGCCGGAGUCGGCCGCCCGCUGGAACCUGCGCGAGAUACUCAAGUGCGCCUGGCUGCGCAGCGUCGAUCAGCCCGAGACGGCCCCAGAGGACCCCUAGGUGGUGCCUUGGAGCGUGCGUGUCGAUUUCACAGAUCAAUAGUGUAUUAGAUAGAUAAAUUCCUUGGUAUUUAUCCGAUUAUCAGAUCAGGCCAUCCAUCCCUAUAUCCUCCUCCAAAAUGUAAUGUCUGUUAAUGAAACAAUAGUUCAGUAAUAGUCCAAUCUCCGGCUGCCUUUGACUUUUACUCGCACGAAAAGCCUUCCAAAUUCCAAAUUGUGCAAUCGAUGCACAGCCCCGUCGUCCCCCCCACAAUUAAGAGACCCCAGACCCAGAGCCAGAGCCAACGAAGCCUAACCACACAGCACUCUGGCGGGUUGCUGUCAUAACCCGCAACCGUAGGAGAGAGAGAAAAAGAAACCUAUUAUAAAAUAGCAUUAGGUAAAUUUUCAAAGCAAAUUUUUCUUGCAUCUUUCCCUCUCUCCGUGUCGUCGUCGUCGUGGUUUAUCGUGUGCCACACUCUUCUCCCUGGGGGUUGGGGCUGUGCUUAGUGAGGCACGACGCCACCGAAACAUCGGCCAAGGCAGGGGCCCAAGGAGGUGGAGCGCACCACCGACAAUCCAAAGGGAAAGAUGGCAG